AUUUGAGGGAUAGGGAAGGAAUACCCUCCACCAUAGUGCUAGCUCUAAUAGAAAAGAGACACCCCCAAAUGCGAGAGAACCAAACGAGACGAGAUUUCCUUGUAAUCACCUUCACCCAGUCAAAAUCAGAACUAGUGUGAGGAGACGAAAAAAGAGAAGGAAAGAUGAACACAGAUAUCACAGCAUCAACGAAACCUGAAUACCCAGUGAUUGAUCGUAACCCAGCUUUCACAAAGACAGUAGGAAAUUUCAAUACUCUUGAUUACCUUCGACUAAUCACCAUCAGUGGUGUUUCUGUUACAGUCGGAUACCUCUCUGGUAUAAGGCCUAAUAUUCGAGGUCCUUCAAUGGUAACUGGCGGUUUGAUCGGUGUAAUGGGUGGAUUUAUGUAUGCCUACCAAAACUCUGCUGGAAGGUUGAUGGGUUUUUUCCCCAAUGAAGAUGAGGUGGCUCGUCACAAGAAAUACCAGGUUUAGGGUUUUUCAGUUUCUCCCUCUUUUGUUUUAGAUGUUGUUGAUAUGGAAAUCGAAAGAUGAGAUUUGAAGAAUAUUAACUUCUGUUGCAUUUUCUGUGAUUUUAAUAAUCAAAUUGUUUUCAUUUCUUGGUACUUAGUUGUGUUUUGUGCAACACUUCUGUAUAACUGGCUUAUCUGUUCAUGACUCAUUACUAUGAACCUGAUAAUGCUUGAUAGUUAAAGAGACUUGAAUCUGCUUCCAAUGCCCAGUUUAAAGUUUGAUAUGAUCUUUGAUUGAAAUAUACAAUAAAUCUGAAA